AUCUCAAAAGGGAAAAAAUCAAGCACAAAAAAAUGAAAAUAUUUUUAUUAUUUUAUUUAUAAUGAGCCUUGAAAAUUCAAAAACCAAAGGCAAAAGUUGAUUUGGACGAUAUAGAAGUCAUCUUCGAAUUCGUGCCAAACCCAGAGUUCGAAACAAAAAAGCAAACCCAGUCUACAAAUCACCACAAUCUCCACUUCGCCGCUUGAUUUCACAGCUCCGACUCUCCCACAACUCAGGUAUUGGUUUGUUGCCCAGAUGUAAUUUGGUUGACAAUUAUGUCGAUCCUCAGUAGAUUUUUUCACAGAAGAGCCCCGGAUGGCUUGCUUGAAUUUGUUGACAGGGUAUAUGUUUUUGACUCUUGCUUUUCGACUGAAGUUUUGCCCGAUGGGUUGUAUCAACUCUACUUGCAUGAGAUUAUAACUGAAUUACAUGAAGCAUUCCCUGAGUCAUCCUUUCUUGCAUUCAAUUUCCGAGAAGGAGAGAAACGGAGCCAGUUUGCUGAAAUUUUAUGCGAGUAUGAUGUUACUGUCAUGGAUUAUCCACGACAAUAUGAGGGUUGUCCCCUGCUACCACUGUCUUUGAUUCACCAUUUCCUUCGUGUUUGUGAAAGUUGGCUCUCAGGUGGGAAUCACCAAAAUGUUAUUCUGUUUCAUUGUGAGAGAGGGGGUUGGUCACUCUUGGCGUUUCUUUUAGCUAGUUUCUUGAUUUUCAGAAAGUUGCAUAGUGGAGAAAAAAAGACUCUUGAAAUUGUUCAUCGGGAGGCUCCUAAGGGUUUGUUACAGCUGUUGUCACCAUUAAACCCAUUUCCUUCUCAGCUUCGCUACCUCCAAUAUGUAUCAAGAAGAAAUAUAUCUCCAGAGUGGCCUCCUCCAGAACGAGCUCUUUCUUUGGAUUGUCUCAUUCUUCGUGCUAUCCCAAGCUUUGACAAUCAAAAUGGAUGCAGGCCACUUGUCCGUAUUUUUGGUAGAAAUCUCCUUAGCAAGGGUGGGCUGACCACCCAAAUGUUGUUUUCCAUGUCCAAGAAAAAUAGAAGCCUUCGCUACUACCGCCGGAAGGACAGUGACGUUAUUAAGAUUGACAUUCAGUGUUUCGUGAAAGGGGAUGUUGUAUUGGAGUGUGUCCACUUAGACUUGGAACCCGCAAGAGAAGUUAUGAUGUUUCGUAUAAUGUUUAACACCGCUUUCAUUAGGUCCAACAUCUUGAUGCUUAAUUCUGAGAACUUGGAUAUCCUUUGGGAUUCAAAGGUGCGGUAUCCGAAGAGCUUUCGAGCAGAGGUUUUGUUUGGUGAGGUUGAGAACAUCUCUCCCCACAAAGCUCCAACUACAAUCUUAGGUGGUGAGGAGAAAGGUGGAUUGCCCCUCGAAGCUUUUUCAAGGGUUCAAGAACUUUUCAGUGGUGUUGACUGGGUUGAUAACGGUGAUGAUGCUGCAUUAUGGUUACUCAAACAGCUUUCAGUGUUAAAUGAUGUCAAAGAAUUGUCAAUAAUGAGAAGUAGAGCAAGUUCAUAUUUAUCACCUUUUGAUUCUGAAGAAGAAAAUAAUGCAUCUAGCACUGCUGAUAGUCUGGAUUUUCUGGACUCAGAAAAGGUUAAUAAUCUAACAUACACUGGUGCAACGGGUUUGAAAUUCCUGGAUGAUCCUUUGUCUCAGGACUCUGCAUCAGAUGAAGCGUCAGAUCCGAGGAUUUCUGCAGAUGCACCAAAGCUGCUCAUAUCAGAUGCUGUUGAUUCAAAUCUCUCUUCUUUUGUGGGAGGUGUUCAACAUGAUGUAGAUAUGGCUUUAACAUGUUCCAAUCAAGUUCCAUUUGUAACUGUUCAGGAACAAUUUUCACUUCUAAGUGAAGAAAGUCCACCUUGUUCUCCUUCGCCACCACUGCCUCCAGCACCUCCCUCUGUUGUUUCUGGUACAGAGAC